CUAGAAUUGUGAUCGCUUCAUCCUGAAAUCUUAUUACGGACACAGAUCCCAUUUGUCAACAAAGGACAAGGAUACAGCGAGACAAGAAGACAAGGAGGAGCAAGCGCGGCGCCAGUAACAUCUGCCCUUAUUGUUUUAUUUGCUCGUAUGCAGACUACUCAGAGUGCCCAGACUGGCCCCGCAUGGACGCUUGAUAUUGCAGAGACACGUGUAGAGCUUCGUGAAGCUGUUCAGGCCUGCAAUGAACGUGGACUCUACUUUUCAGCGCGAUGGGCAGCUGAAGCACUCAACGGCCUUCCUACCAUAGGCAGCAGCGGCACCCACAACCAUGAGAAUGGACUUCCAUCUACUACAGGAUCUUUGGGGCCCGAGACUCAUCAGAGCGGUCACCAUAUCUCUAAAUAUGUAGCAGAAGUAUCGCUUUACUCAAGUAUGGCUAUUACGGAGGCUGAUCUGGCUGAGUUUGACACAUAUUUGAUGGCAAAGACUUUCUUCGACCUCAAAGAAUAUGAUCGCUGUGUGUCUGUCCUGGAAGAGCGCACUAGCCAUAAGUCACGAUUCUUGAGACUCUAUUCGAAAUAUCUUGCAGGAGAAAGAAGACGGGAGCAAGAUACGCGCGAGGUUUUAGGCCCAUUAGACAACGCCAUGGCGGUCAACAGAGAGCUUGAAAGUAUUUAUUCGGAGCUUACAGCUGGUUACCAGGCGGGGAUCCUCGACUCUUUUUGCAAAUAUCUAUAUGGCUUAAUCCUGAUCAAACAACAGCGCAAGACUCAGGCUAUCGCAGUCCUUAUAGAAUCUAUUAAUCAGUAUCCGUAUAACUGGAGUGCUUGGCAAGAUCUCAGUUCAUGCUUGCUUACCUUUGCUGCGGUCACGAACAUUCAAUCAGAUCUACCUGUUAGCUUCAUGACGACCUACUUCCUCUCCUAUGCCACCCAAGAGUACUUUAGCAGCCAGCAAGAAGACGCCGUGGUUUGGCUGGAGGAGCUGAGUGAAGCAUUUCCAAGAAGUGCAUACGUCAAGUGUCAACGCGCGAUAGCACUCUACCACGCUAGAGAUUUCCCAGAGGCAGCCAAUGUUUUCGAGGAGCUGAUAACGGAAAAUCCGCAUCGCCUUGAUAAUUUGGAUAUUUUUUCAAAUGUUUUGUUUGUAACGGAAAAUCGGGCAAGGCUGAGCUUUUUAGCACAUAGCUGUGCUAAAACUGAUAACUAUCGACCAGAAACAUGUUGUAUCAUUGGAAACUACUAUAGUAUGAAGGCUGAGCAUGAAAAAGCUGUGGUUUAUUUCAAAAAGGCUUUGAGAUUUAACCGGAGCUAUGCCUCAGCGUGGACAUUACUUGGACAUGAAUACCUGGAAAUGAAAAACACAUAUGCAGCAGUAGAAUCCUACAGAAGAGCUGUCGACUUCAAUCAUCGUGAUUACAGGGCUUGGAAUGGUUUAGGACAAACGUAUGAAGUCCUCAAGAUGCAUUAUUACGCACUCAACUACUAUCAAAGGGCUACAGCUAUCCGACCAUACGAUGGUCGGAUGUGGUGUGCCAUGGCUGAGUGCUAUGAGUAUCUAGAUCAAGACCUUGCUGCGAUCAAAUGCUAUACAAGAGCAUUAUUAGGCUCAGACCAAGAAAAGAUGGCACUCAAAAAACUGCCCAAACUGUAUAAAAAGAUUGAUGACACUGAAGCUGCAGCACAUUACUUUCGGAAAAGUCUGGAGCAACUACGAGAAGAACAGAGUGAGUCAGAAGAUACCUCAGAGGCAUGUAUUUUUUUGGCAUUGUAUGAGCGCGAACGAGGCAAUCUUGCCGCAGCGCUUGAUUAUGCAACAGAAGCGAUGCAAUGUUCAUCCGAACAGCAUCAAGAAGACGCGAGGGCAUUGAUGCGCGACAUUCGCAGCGUGCUAGAUGCGGGCGAGACAUCGGAGAUAGACUAGGAGGACCAUGCUAUGCGUAUGCUUGGCCUGUUGGCAUCCACUGUUCAUUUGUGCAAUAAACAAAAUAAGUGUGGCGCCAUGCUUCCUUCCCUGCUGACCUUACUGGC